CUUAUGGUCAGUACAGAAGUUUCAUGCUAAGCAGACUCAAAGAGGAGUUAAUCAGAGUUACUGUAAAGCUUCAGCUGUGAUGGCCAAAUGGGGAGAAGGAGAUCCUCGAUGGAUUGUUGAGGAGAGAGCUGACUCCACAAACGUCAACAACUGGCACUGGACAGAGCGGGACGUCUCCGCCUGGUCUACAGAACGCCUCCGUCACCUUCUGCUCAGUGUUCGGGUGGAGGGACCAGAGGGAGUCUGUCAGGUGACAGACGUCAGCAAGCUGGACGGAGAAGCUUCCAUCAACAACCGCAAAGGAAAACUCUUCUUCUUCUACGAGUGGCAGCUGAGGGCCAGCUGGCUGGGUACGUCCUGCAGUGGAGUGAAGUACAGAGGAUCUGUAGACGUGACCAACCUGUCCGACGAGAAUGAUGAAGAUGACCUGGAUAUUUCGGUGUCUCUGUGUAAAGACCAGCCCAGUACGCCUCUUCUGGACCUGAUGAGGAGAACUGGGAUUAAGGAGGUCCGGAAAGUUCUGGGCGAGUAUGUCCAUCAGCUUAAAUCAGAGUUUAGUCAGGGAAUGAUCCUUCCAACCACCGAUGGACAGAAGGUACCUGCACCAUCACCAGCCAAGAAGAACCAGGUCAAGACCAGCAAAACUCAGAUUUGUCCCGCACCAAAGUGCUCAAAUAGCCCCGCCCCCUGUCCAACAGGUGUUCGUAUCCCGACCUGCAGCUUUAACCUGAAGGAAACGUUCCAGACAUCUGCUGAUGAACUUUAUAGAACCUUCAUCAACCAGGAGUUUGUGCAGGUGUUUACUCGCUCUCCGGCUGUCAUGGACGGACGGAAAGGAGGACGGUUCCAGCUCCUGGAUGGGAGCGUUUGUGGAGAGUUCACUCAGCUGGUUCCAGACCAGAAGAUUGAGAUGAGGUGGCGCUUCAGGUCGUGGCCCAGUGAGCACUAUGCCACCAUCAGUCUGGAGCUGGAGGACCAGGGAGACGAGACGGAGCUGAGGAUGGAGUGUCGGGGAGUCCCUGCAGGACAGGAGGACUCCACCCGGGAGGGCUGGACUCGGUUCUACUUCCAGGCCAUCAAACAGACGUUUGGAUACUGAUGCAGCCGCAGGACCCUGGAGCCUGUCUGAGGCUCAGGAUGAGACUCUAAAGGGAGCGGUCCGACACUCCCUGUUGUUCCUGUCAGGAAGGAGAUGGUUCUGAUCCAAAGGGAUGGGUCAGCUUUUUUAAAUCCUGUUCCAACAUCUACAGUCCACGUCUCUAUUAGACCAGUUUCCAGGACACAGAUGGGUCCAGGACAGGGUUAGUGCAAACUGCUCAAACAGAACCAAACAACCAAAGGUUCCUGUUAGGUGUGAAUAAAGGACUGCUCUUUGUUCAUGCUGGUUCUCUUGAUGUUUUUAUGGUAUGCUGCAUGGAGUGUGUUAAAGGAACAGUCCAACAUUUUCAUUCAGUCUCAGAUUGUACCAGUCUGAACCAGUCUUACAGAAACUUUCCCAGCAGGCCGAGCGAGUCACCGAUGAAGGUCUGACAAAAACUCAAUGGUGGAACUUUUCCUUUAAGCUCCAGCAACUUCCUGUUUCUGUGGUUUCAACCUUCAAGGACCAGUUCUAGAAAGCAUGUUAUGUUGAAACUGUGAGCUAAAGGAGGAAACUCUGGGUUUUCCUUUAAAGAAAGAGAAGUGAGUAAAACCCUUGGUCUGUUACCAUGGUAACUGACUCAGUGAAGUAAACCUGGUUGCUGGCAGGUUUACUAGAAGAAGUCUGUACCAGUAUGAUCCCAGAGAUUCAGAAGCUUGAUCAAUACACAAUGUUUUAUAUUGGGAGAGUAUUUUCAGAGCUCAAAAUAAAGAUUAGUCAUUUCCUUAUGAGUAUUGUACAUAUUUGUACAUACAGCCAUAAAUAUCCAGCAUCACACAUGAUGGACAUGAGCUGACGUAGCAGCAAACUUUAUGCUUUGCAUCACAAUACUUUUUUAUUUAUUUUAUUUUUUGUGAUUUUUUUAAUAAUGCAGGACAUUUUGGAAAGACAAGUGUUUCAGGACUUGAGGAAAUUCAUCAUGAAUGUCUGAAAUCACAGUUUGAUAAUAUAUAGAUCAGCCUCUCUGGAUCCCAGCAGAUCCUCUUCCUCCUCUUGGGAUGAGGAAGAUCAGUCUGCUCCAGAAUAUUUUAAACUAUCAUAUAUGGCAAAAUCCAAGUAUUGUGUAUGUGAGUGUGUGUAUAAAUACUGUGAUAUUAAGCAGGAUAUUGGGCGAGAGGACAGCAUUUGUUGUGGGUUUACAUUACUAGAUGUUAAAAUCUCCACUGAAUAUUUACAUUGUACAUCAGCCAGUGUGAAAUAGAAAAAAAAGAUAUCUUAUGGUCAAGAAAGUUUACCUUUACUUUCUGAAA